GUACUAAAGGUGGGAAUGAAGCCAACUCAUCAUAUUACUGCAUACAGACGGGUGAAUCAAGUCAGAGAGAUGAUUGUUUUGCUGGUAACUUGCCUUGCUGCUCUUCUGUGUCCCACCGUCCACAGUGCGGACGCUUCAGUGGAAUGGUGCUAUCACAAGCCAGCAUGCAAUUUUACCACCUGGUCCAAGAUUGCUCCACAAUAUUGCAAUGGAUCCAAGCAAUCUCCCAUUAAUAUCGUGACUGCAAGUGUCCAGGGAAAUCCUAACCUGACCUCCUUUAACUUAACUGGUUUUGAUGACAAUUCCACCUUCAUGUCAAUCGUAAACUCAGGCGACUCCGUGGUGGUCAACCUGGAUGAUGAGAAAAUUAAAGUGCAAGGAGGUGCUCUUCCAGGUGUAUACAACACCAAACAAUUCCAUCUCCACUGGGGUAACGGCAGCUCCUCGCCUGGCUCCGAACACACCGUGGAUGGCAAACAGUACCCAAUGGAGCUGCACAUUGUAAGUGUCCAUUCAAAAUACAACAGGAGUGUGUCAGCUGCUUUAGCUGCCAAAGACAGCACAGCAUUGGCUGUUCUUGGUUUCUUCAUUGAGGGAACCAGUGAAGCUAACAAAACAAAAAGCUGGGAUAUCCUAACAUCCUAUUUGAAAAACAUCUCCAAUUCAGGUGGUCAAACCUCAGACAUCAUGAAUCAAAUCACACUGAACAGUCUGAUUGAAGGUGUGGACAGGACUAAAUAUUACCGCUACCAAGGCUCUCUAACUACACCCAGCUGUAAUGAAGCUGUGAUUUGGACUGUGUUUAAAGAACCCGUCAAAGUCAGCCAGAACUUUAUCAACCGCUUCAGCACAACUGUCCUUUUCAAAGACCCAAACGCUUCAGUUCUGAACACCAACAACUUCAGAGGAGUUCAGCCCUUGAACGGCAGAGUUGUGACGUCACAGGUGGUACAAACAGCAGCAACUGUCACAACUUCAUCAGCCGCCACAUCCACUUUAUCUUUUAUCACAGUACUUCUCUUCUCCAGUUUGUGUUGGCUGUAGAAAUAUGCUUUGUGCACAUUUGAGCUGAUUUAAUUUAUUGCUAUUGUAAAUUAUGCGUGCUUUAAUUGAUUGCAUUUGAUCAUGAUUGAUGAUUUCUGUAUAUAUUGAUUUUAUCAAUUGUGAAUCUUGUUACAAAAAUAAGAGCAAGUUAGGAGUUGAUGACAUGUAGCUGUUCCUUUCUCUACCAAUUGUAUAUCUAUUCCUACCGAGUGUAUUUUUAAACGCACAAUUUGCCAUCUUUGAGGAUAAUAUAAGUAGGAUAUCAAUUAUUAACAUAAUUAUUUUUUUAUCUCAAGGUCUUAGUUUAAAAUGGUUAAAAUCAUACAGACUGCUGACGUUUUAUAUGAAGAUUGUUUUCUGUAGUUAUAUUCCACAUUUGAUGAUUCAGUAGUAUUAAGAUGAUUCAUGUUUUAAAUUUUAAAACAUGAUGAUUUAUGCUUAAAUUUAUUAAAACUGAAAUAAUAAAUUAUUGCUGUUUAAUA